GGCGGUGAGAUCAUCGGUGGUCGCCCAGAGACGCCUGCACGUGGAGAGAAAGGGGCGGUGCGCGUUUGCGGUCCACGGCGUAGCGGAGCCGACUGCGCCGGGGCCUCCUGCUGCGGUCCUCCCGACAUGCCGGAGGAGGCGGGCCUCCCGCCGGCCAAGAGAUUCCGGCCGGGCUCCUGCCCUCCCGGGAGGCGGGUGGUGAUGCUGUUGGCGCCUGGCGGUGGCGGAGCAGGAGGAGGCCGGAGGCAGACACCGCCGCUGGCCCAGCCCUCGGCCAAUCCCUACCGCGAGGCCCUGGAGCUGCAGCGCCGGAGCCUGCCCAUCUUCCGGGCGCGGGGGCAGCUGUUGGCUCAGCUCCGAAACCUGGACAGUGCGGUCCUCAUCGGGGAAACUGGCUCUGGGAAGACAACUCAGAUCCCACAGUAUCUCUAUGAAGGGGGAAUCAGCCGCCAGGGCAUCAUUGCAGUGACCCAGCCCCGUCGAGUAGCUGCCAUCUCUCUUGCUACUAGAGUCUCAGAUGAGAAGAGGACUGAACUCGGGAAGCUGGUUGGCUAUACUGUGCGCUUUGAGGAUGUCACCUCAGAAGACACCAGGAUCAAGUUUCUGACAGAUGGCAUGCUUCUUCGAGAAGCAAUUUCAGACUCCUUACUUCGAAAGUACAGCUGUGUCAUUUUGGACGAGGCCCAUGAGCGGACUAUCCACACAGAUGUGCUGUUUGGAGUAGUGAAGGCAGCGCAGAAGAGGCGAAAGGAGCUAGGGAAACUGCCUCUCAAAGUGAUUGUGAUGUCAGCUACCAUGGAUGUUGACCUGUUUUCUCAGUAUUUCAAUGGAGCCCCUGUCCUGUACCUUGAAGGUCGGCAGCACCCAAUCCAGAUUUUCUAUACCAAACAGCCUCAGCAGGAUUACCUGCAUGCAGCGCUUAUCUCAGUCUUCCAGAUCCACCAGGAAGCCCCCUCUUCUCAAGACAUCCUGGUGUUCCUUACUGGUCAGGAGGAAAUUGAAGCAAUGAGCAAGACCUGCCGAGACAUUGCAAAGCACCUCCCUGACGGCUGCCCUGCCAUGCUCGUCCUUCCUCUGUACGCCUCCCUGCCCUACUCACAGCAGCUUCGAGUCUUUCAAGGGGCCCCAAAGGGCUAUCGCAAAGUGAUCAUUUCAACCAACAUCGCUGAAACCUCCAUAACCAUUACAGGAAUAAAAUAUGUAGUUGACACGGGCAUGGUUAAAGCAAAGAAGUAUAACCCUGACAGUGGCCUUGAGGUACUAGCUGUACAACGAGUGUCAAAGACCCAGGCCUGGCAGCGCACAGGGAGGGCUGGCCGAGAGGACAGUGGCAUCUGCUACCGGCUCUACACAGAGGAUGAGUUCGAGAAGUUUGAGAAGAUGACGGUACCAGAGAUUCAGAGGUGUAACCUGGCAAGUGUGAUACUGCAGCUGCUAGCCAUGAGAGUCCCAAAUGUCCUCACCUUUGACUUCAUGUCCAAACCAUCUCCAGAUCACAUUCAGGCGGCCAUUGCCCAACUGGACCUGUUAGGUGCUCUUGAACAUAAGGAUGACCAGCUUACCCUGACUCCAAUUGGAAGAAAGAUGGCAGCAUUUCCUUUAGAGCCCAAAUUUGCCAAAACUAUCCUCCUGUCCUCCAAAUUCCACUGUACGGAAGAAAUUCUGACCAUAGUCUCCCUGCUGUCUGUGGACAGUGUCCUUUAUAACCCUCCUGCCCGGAGAGAUGAAGUGCAAAGUGUCCGGAAAAAAUUCAUAUCCAGUGAGGGGGAUCACAUCACCCUGCUCAACAUCUAUCGCACCUUCAAAAACCUAGGUGGGAAUAAGGAUUGGUGCAAAGAGAAUUUUGUCAACAGCAAGAAUAUGCUACUAGUAGCUGAAGUCAGAGCACAGCUGAGGGAAAUCUGCUUAAAGAUGUCAAUGCCAAUCGUGUCAUCUCGAGGGGACAUGGAGAGUGUCCGCCGCUGCCUGGCUCACAGCCUUUUUAUGAGUACUGCUGAACUCCAGCCAGAUGGCACCUAUGCCACCACAGACACACACCAGCCAGUGGCCAUCCACCCAUCGUCUGUCCUGUUCCACUGCAAACCUGCCUGUGUGGUAUACACUGCACUACUCUACACCAACAAAUGCUACAUGCGUGACCUCUGUGUUGUGGAUGCUGAGUGGCUCUAUGAGGCUGCCCCUGACUACUUCCGGAGGAAGCUGAGAACUGCCAGAAACUGAUCCACCCCAGGAUGCUGCCAGCAUGGCUGGGCCUGGAACUUAGAUCACAGCUAUCUUCCAGGUAGACUCAGAAACUGGAGGAACCGUACACUUCAGUGCAGCCAGACUUGCUGAGUUCAAGAGCUUGGAAGUGCUCAUGAAACUCCUUAGACUCAGCCUUGUAGACGUGCUCAUGCCUAGACCGUGAGAUACAAGACUUGUGCUUUGGGUUUGACUGGGAAAUUUCUAGUGACUGAAUUAACUUCUGAGCCUCAGUUUCUUCAUAUGCCAGAGGGGGAUAAGACUUAGAAGUUCAGAGUAAUGAAGUUUAGAGGAAAUGAACAGAAAGCUACCCAGAGGUUUGCCUGGCACAAGAUAAGACAAUCAGUGAAUUAUAAGCCAUUGUGCUUUGUGAUAUAAUUAGGUACAACACAGCCCCUUGAGCUCUUGUGACUGGGGAAGGGGAAUGUUUCUUGGAGGAGCCAUAGGAAGCUACAGAUUCAAUUGGUUGACCUCAGUGUUUUUCCCCCUUGUUUCCUUCUCAUAGAACACAGGACCUCAUGCAUGCUAUGCAAACACUCUGCCACUGAGCCAAUCCCCAGCCUCCACUACUAUUUAAAGACCUGUAUGUCUUUGAAAUAGAAAACAGAAGAAACUGACUCCCUUAGAUAUUGCCAGAAUAAGGUAUAUUCUGACCUGUUGGCCCUCAUGGCUCAGGGUGUAGCUCCUUUUCUUCUCUGCCUCCAAGCAGAAACCAGCAAAGGAGUUCCUUGGUUGGUCCUCAGUGCCUCUGUGGUUGUGUCCCCAGCAGUGUUUUCAGGAGACAUGCAGGUUUCCUGAAAUUGGGAAGCCAACUUUUCAGUGCAGUGGCCUUCUGAAGCCCAGUGGUCGUUUUCUCUUGGGUGGGCACCUACGAAUGUGUGCCCAUGAGGAGACUUCACGCCCAUUCCAGCAGUCUCUGUUCAGGUGAACCGUAAUCAGAACUGCUGGGUAGCAGGGAUGGGACAGAUGCUUGACAGCUCAGAAGCUGGGCAUCAGUUCGUCCUUUUCACCACUCCCAGUCUUUGUGGUUUUGGCCUUACUGGUUUUUUUCCUCUUUGUUGCGGGGACCUGGGGAGAGUUAACUUUGCCACUUCCUAACCAGGUGCCACUCUCCGACCUUCAUUGUCUACAUUUGUCAGAGGGAAGUAGAGAAGCCUUGUCAUUCCCUUUCCUGUCCAGAAAAGAUUCAUCUUGGUUGGUUGUUAGGAGCAAAUAGUCCCUGUUGUAGUGAUCAUACCUGUAACCCAGCUGAGGGGAGGACUGGGGGUUCUAGGCCAGCCGGGGCUGGGCCUUGUAUCCAAGUGGAGGGGAAGAGAGAGGAGAGAAAAAGCACACUUUCCCAGGAAAUGUUUGAACCCAGAAAAAGCCAAAUACAGCCCUUUAAUUAGUUGAUCCAGACACAGCUCUACUACUAGGAUUUUGUCAUUUAUAAAUUGUGCUUUUGAGCAGGGGGCCAAACUGCCUACAAGGUACUUGUACUACAAGACAGGAGGCAGUUUCUUCUCUCUGGGUCCAAUAUGUUCUUUCCAGAGAGCAUAGCCUAGUGAGCACUUCUAUUCCCAGGGUCGCACUGGUCCACAGCUGCGUAUAUUGGAUCUGGUCUGGGCUUUAUUCUAACCCUAACCAUGAGCAAUCAAGCUUUUAGUCAGUGUUUAGGGUUGUCUGGGUAUUCGUGACUUCUUUGAUAAAAUGGUUACAUUACCAACUUUCUGAAAAGCUAUUGAGAAAAUUUUUUCUUUUUAAAGUGUAUUUUUCCUAUUUACACAAAGGGGCAGGGGUGUUUAUUUAGCCUUGCUUGGUAAGAGAAGCUUUUAUAUUUUUAGUGGAACAUUCAUUUUGCUGGUUAAAGAAAACAAGGGGGAGGCAAUAUAUUCCUUAGCAAUGAACAAUUUCCCACAGUAAACUAAGAGGGUGUUUUCUGGGUCAGUAAAAACUUAGCUUGUAUUGAUUGACUCCAAAGCAGGUACUGGGAACUUAACUUGGAGUGACUGGCUCCUACCCAGAAAAGGAGUGAAGGACAGUUGGAGUAAAUUUAAUGUUUCUGUACAGAAAUAUGUUCAUCACUUUAACAUUGUGGUAGAAUUUUAAAAGAGUACUUAGUUUUUUUAUUGGACUUUUUAAAAAAUAGCUUUUUAAUAAAGCUGCUCAGGGAUUAAAUCAGAUGGAAAUCCCAUUCUGACUCCGUAUCACUACAAAGAAGUUAAUGAUUGCUUGAGCUGCAGGGACGGUGCCCUUUAAGCUUUCUUAAGUAAGUAAAACGUUGCUUGGCAGUGGUGGCACCGUACUGUCUUUAAUUCCAGCACUUGGGAGGCAGAGGCAGGUGGAUCUCUGUGAAUUCGAGACCAGCCUUGUCUACAGGAGCAAGUUCCAGGACAGCCAGAGCUACACAGAGAAACCCUGUCUAGAAAAACCAAACCAACAAAAAGUCAACUGUUUCGUGGUUUUACUGCGAUGCGACCUGAACUGCUUUUCAGUUGGCAACCUCUCCAGCCUGAAGAAUCCAGUCUGCGCAGAGGAGCCUCGAACAGAUGAACUUCACACAGCUGUGCUGCAGCACCCAGGGCAACGGUUUCAUUACCAGGUCCCCAGUGAAAACCUUUGCACCUCUGCCAGUUGUUAUAAGAUUUCAAAACAGCAAAACAUUUACUGUGACACAAAUCCUUGUACUCCAACUACCAGGGUCUGUUUGGAACUGUGGCCAUGCAUCCAAGAUGCCGUUCUUGAGCACAUAAGCUAGACCGUACUGUACUGUGGGGGAUUUUAUAUUGAUUGCUGUUGUGUAGGAAAAAUUAAAGCGCAAAGAUACCAAGUUGAUUUGGACUUUGCUGUAUUCUAUCUGAUCUCAAACAUAACAUAAAAACAGUUCUUGUGUGCAAUGCUUAAAUUUUCUUUUGACUAUCAAAUCUAUAAAAAUAUGAAUCUUAUUUAUAUAUGUGGCCUUUUGGGGGGCCUCCUUUCCCUUGUUUAUAGAAUGAUAUUUGGAAUAAUAAACAUUAGUCUUAUUGGCAUUCA